AUGACUCAACUAAUCAAAUCCGUCCUGGUUCUCUUAGCCGCCUCCGUAUCUCUUAUACAGGCCCAAGCACCAGGAAAACCGUCGCCGUCGCCUUCGCCUAAACCCCCGCCACCUCCAUGUCUUAUCAAGGAUAUUCGCCAGAUGGACGUGUCGGGAUGUACCUGCGAACCUCACUCUUCGAAGUGCGAUAAGACAGGAUGCAUGACUUGCAAAGCCAAUAUUGAAAAUCGACACACUAAGCAUUGCGCUGUCGGAUGUACCGAUGAUGACAAGGAAUGUCAGGGAUGUGGCUUGUGGUUUUCCACCCUUUGCAACUGCCUCAAGUAUCAAGAUUGCAAGCACACAGGAACAAUUACGCCGCAUGGUGAUUCGAUAUUCGUUUUAACGAACAAUGGCGAGCAACUCAUAACUACUACGGAUCUACUUCCGGGGAUAUUGGAGGCCAGGAAUGCUACUCGAUACGAACCAGGCUGGAGGUUUGCUCAGGAACAUUACAAUCGUGCGAACCAGGCGCUGGCAUUGAACUCUGUUCGGUCGAGAACGCACGAGCAAUUUCACAUCCAUGUUUGCAACAGACCAAACUCUACGGACCCAAGAAUCUUGGAUAUUCUCGACAACAUCCCCAAGUCGCAACACAUUUAUGGUAAAGACCUCAAGAAAGUUGGAAACCACGAUGAUCUCUAUUGUAGGACGAUUGAGAAAGGCCAAACCCCCAUCGUCUAUGACUUUGUAACUGCCAUAGAUGCAAUUUUGGAUGAUAAGACUUUGAACGAGGUGGGCAAGAUCUGCCACGGGUUUGCUGGUGCAGGCAUCAUACAAGACAGUCAUGGAAACGUAUGGGCUUGUGUAACUGGCAACCGUGAGGGCCCGUUGUUCAGGUUCUGUGAGGGUCAGAAGUAG